AUGGAGCAGCGCAGACCACCCGAGUACAUCAUCGAGGUAUUCGCAGACCCGUCCUCGGUGAAGGAUGUUGUUCGAGGUAUCCUGCACACGAUAUUCUUCCACCGAUUCUUCCUAUCCCUGAGACCGACGACGAGAGAUAUCCUUGACCUGACGCUGCCGUUUGUAGAGGAUGUUGAGCUGGAGACCCUGAUUGAUCAGCGGACUACGACGCUCGUCAGACAAUUGGAUACGAGUUCUGAUAUGGGCGCCAGGAAUACCGGCGUGAGGGGCUCGAUGGCAGUGCAGUUUUUUGAGAGGAAGAGGAGGAAGGCCUGGUUCACCAAAGGCGAGGAGGAGGUUUGUUGGGAGCAGUGGACGCUGGAUGUCACGCUUGCUACCCCGAGGACCGAAAGUGGUAUGUUUACUGAGCCGGGAUACUUCACAGGUAUCUAUAUGGAACGUGCAGUUACUAAUAUCGUGGAUGCAGAGCGAGCUAAGGUUCGAAAAGCUAUGGAGGCCAUGCUGUUGAAGGCUGCUAUGAAGAUUGUCACGACGGUAAAUAGGGAGAAGGAUCAUAUCCCGCCAAUAACAACAAGCGAGUCAAACCCUUUUCCGUACCAGAUCGUGAUCAACCCGAGGGACAACGGAUGGGGCGCGCGGAUGGGGACAUAUAUCUUUUGA